AUGCCAUCACCUCCCACUAUACCAACGGAAACUCGCCCAACACCAUUCAUCGUCGAAUCCCCGAACGAAAACCAAAAUACUCUUGUUCUACUACAUGGUACUUCAUCUUGGGGAGUCCCGUUCGCCCAAGAGCUCAUGGCGCUGGUUCACUUUGAUGUUUUACUCCCAUUCACUAAACUCACUUUUCCAUCGGGAAUCCUACGAAAGACUACUGUCUUUGGUGGUAAUUUGACCAAUGCUUGGUUUGACAUUGCCGAUUUUUCAGAUCGGACAGUAGGGGAAGAACAACAGAAGAAAGGGCUAAGAGAAAGCGUGGAGUAUUUGGGCAAGCUCAUUAAGAAUGUAGUAGACAAUGAAUCUCACGAUGAAGAUCGCAAAGUGUUUGUAGGAGGUCUUAGUCAGGGAUGUGCCAUGAGCGUGGUUUUGUUGCUGAGUGGAGAAUUGGAUCGAUUGGAAGUGUUGCCGAAGAUUGGAGGAUUUGUAGGGUUUAGUGGAUGGUUGCCGCUUGGGAAACAAAUUGCUGAAGUCGCUGCUGCUGGAAAAGAUUGGAGACAGAGGAGAAUGCUUGUUCAGAGUUGGUUAAGAAGCGAGUUAGGUCUCCCAUCUUCGCGACCCCGAGAUGAAUUGACGAUAUCUACGGAAGGAGACUUGAGGAUCCUCUUAACCCAUGGUACAAAUGACACGAAAGUAAAAUUGGAGUGGGGUGAAAAUAUGAAGAAAGUAUUAGAGAGUGUGGGGUAUAGUGUUGAGUGGAAACUCUAUGAAGGUUUAGGGCAUGUCAUUAUUCCAGAGGAACUGACUUACAUGGCGUCCUUCAUAAGAAAGUAA